UGUCCCUGCCUCUGUGACUGGAUCCUGCUGGAACCACACCAUGGAUGGGGGCAAACAGCUAAAGGCCACCCUUGUUUUCAGCCUGCCGCUUGUUUUUCAGUUCUGUGCUGGGGACAAUGUCACUGAUGACUACGACUCCAACAGCACCAUUGACUACAGCAUGUUCGAGCCUCUGUGUGAGAAGAAGGAGGUGAGGAAUUUCCGUGCUGCCUUCCUCCCAGCCAUGUACAGCCUCAUCUGCCUCAUGGGGCUGCUGGGCAACGGGCUGGUGAUGCUCACCUACGUCUACUACAAGAGGCUGAAGACCAUGACAGACAUCUACUUGCUGAACCUGGCUCUGGCAGACAUCCUGUUCCUGCUGACCCUUCCCUUCUGGGCCACGAGUGCAGCCACAUAUUGGCUCUUUGGGAGCUUUGCCUGCAAAGCUGUGUACUGCAUCUGCAAAAUGAGUUUUUUCAGCGGGAUGCUGCUGCUCCUGUCCAUCAGCAUCGACAGGUACUUCGCCAUCGUCCAGGCAGCCUCAGCCCAUCGCCUGCGUCCCCGGAUGAUUUUCAUCAGCAAAGUCACCUGCACCCUCAUCUGGCUCCUGGCCUUCAUCCUCUCCAUCCCUGAGCUGGUGCACAGCGGUGUGAACAACUCUGAGAGCAAUCCUCGCUGUUCCAUCAUCGCUAAUGACUUGCAGACCUUCAACACUGGCAUCAAAGUGUCCCAAAUGGUGUUUGGCUUCUUAAUUCCCCUCCUGGUCAUGUCUUUCUGCUACCUCAUCAUCAUCAAAACGUUACUCCAGGCCCGUAAUUUUGAGAAGAACAAAGCCAUCAAGGUCAUCAUCGCCGUGGUCAUCGUCUUCGUUGUCUUCCAGCUGCCCUACAACGGUGUCAUGCUGGCCAAGACCAUCUCAGCCUUCAACCAGACCAGCUCGUGCGAGGAGAGUAAGAAGCUGGACGUGGCGGAUGACGUGACCUACACCCUGGCCUGCUUCCGCUGCUGCCUCAACCCCUUCCUCUACGCCUUCAUCGGCGUCAAAUUCCGCACCGACCUCUUCAAGCUGCUGAAGGAGCUGGGCUGCCUGAGCCAGGAGCGCCUGUGGCAGCUCACCUCCUGCCGCGACAGCAAGAGGACCUCCUUCGCCAUGGAGACAGAGACAACCACCACCUUCUCCCCGUGA